AUGAUGAACGAACCUAUUCGCCGACCUGAUCAAAUAUCUCCCAAAUCGAGUCCCCGGGGGUCUCGCUCACCGGCCUACCCCCGCGCGGACUCGUCUGGGACCCUCAGAACCACCAUCAGUCUGGGAAGGGUGCCGUCGGUGAUACAUUCUGGACCUUUCUAUCUCGUGAAAGAUAUGGGGUCUGGGACAGCCAAUCCAUCAGAGAUGACUGGGAGUAACAACCUGAUCAUCCAUUAUGAUCUAGAACAUUCCUACAGCAAGUUCUGUAAGAAAGAGGGUAAAGAAGAACUCAGUGCAUUCCUACCCAAUCUGCCUGGCUACAUAGAUGCCCCCGGUAUCAAUGAUAACAGCUCUCUCCGGUCUCUAAUAGAUAAACCCCCCAUCACUGGAAAGGAAUUAAAUCCUCUGUCUAACAGUUCUUUGACAGGCUUCCGUCUCCACCCUGGACCACUGCCAGAACAGUAUAGGUUUAUGAACCAGAUGCCAAAGAAAAAGCCAAAACCCAAGCGGAAAAAAGAUGAAAAAACAAGUGCUUUGCAGGACUAUCCAGAUAAUCCCGUAGAAAGUGGCCAUGAUAAAAAGACAAAGAAACCAAAACAUGAUACAGAGAAACAGAAACGCAAAAAGAAGAAAAAGAAAAAAGUGAAGGAAAAAGAUGAAGAGUCACAGUCCUGAAUCUGGUUUAGUAUCUGUAGAUCUGUGUUUUAAAGUGCAAUACAUGUAGAAGUGGAGUCUACAACCCUGUCAGAGCUGGCCUGGUUUUAAUAUACUAAUUAAGGAUGUUGUCUGGAUUAUGUGAGAUUUGUGACAUGCUUUGGAUAAGAACAGGGUUUAUCUGCUCAUGUGACUGAUUUUGGACUACACUGCCGUGUGACUGUUGUCAUGUGACUGAUUGGUUGUGUGACUGAUUUUACAUUACACUGAAAUAUACUUGGUAAUCUUGAUCAUGUAAUGAUUUCAACAUACACUGAAAUGUUUUCUUGGAUGUAUGACUGUGUGAAAACAAGAGGGUACUUUGACACUGGAGUCAACUGGAGUCACAUGUUAACCUGGAUAUGUCUUAGCUGAAUAUACUGGAUUGUCAGUUCUGGAUUUGUCCUUCCAGAUAUUCAUUGUACUCAUCAAACUGGAGUAAUGUUAGUACUGGUGCUUGGACAAUUAUUGGAAUGUCAUUGUUCAUUUGUUAUCUGUAAUGUUGAUUGGAGAAAGUGGAUUUUUUGUAGUCGCUAUCUCUCAAACAAUAUCAGAAACCAUUCUUUGGUAGCUUUUACUGUCUCAGGUUAGAAGUUCUAAGUGACAGGUUAAAAACAGUUAUGAAUUUUGAUGGCAUAGCAUAAGAUAUUCAUUUCAAAAUGCAAAAACUUUGAACUACUUACAUGUAUGAAUGUUUAUUUUUCCUAUAGAGAACUAGAUUAAGGUUUGUAAUACAUAUGAACCAGUUUUAAGGUGAGUCUGACAUGUCUAUCCAAUGACAUGGACUUGGUGUGUAUAUGGGAAAGAGACUUGAUGUUAAAGAUUUUCUAUGCCCAAGUCAUAACAUGUUAAUGAGAAGUUUUUCUAUGUAAUAAAAUUGAAAUGUGUAUUUAUCA